AUGACAGGCCUCUCCGGUCUGGCUUUUGACCCAGGCACCCUAGCUGCCUUCCGCAUCAUCUUGCCAUAUAAGCAACUUGGGAGAGUCAUUUUAUCUCUGAGAAUUGCAGUUGAUGAUCGCAGAAUAGGCUUGGUUAACCAGUCACCAAAUCUCAGUCUCCAUCUAGAUGGCCCCUCAGUGUGGCCAGAAGGAAGCAAGGACAAAGGAAACCUUUUCUAUCUUCUUCAAGCAGUCUUCAGUACAACUGUGAUUCCUUCAUGUAUCCCAGGAGAGUCGGGAGAUAACUGCACAGCAUUAGUUCAAACUGAAGAUAAUCCACGUGUGGCUCAAGUGUCAAUAACAAAGUGCAGUGCUGACAUGAAUGGCUACUGUUUGCAUGGACAGUGUAUCUACCUGGUAGACAUGAGUGAAAAUUACUGCAGGUGUGAAGUGGGUUACACUGGUGUCCGGUGUGAGCAUUUCUUUUUAACCGUCCAAAAACCUCUGAGCAAAGAAUAUGUGGCUUUGACUGUGAUUCUUGUUAUCUUGUUCCUUGUCAUAGUUGCUGGUUCCAUAUACUACUUCUGCAGAUGGUACAGAAAUCGAAAAAGUAAAGAACCCAAGAAGGAAUAUGAAAGAGUGACCUCAGGGGAUCCAGCAUUGCCGCAAGUCUGA